CUAUCCGCCGGGCGCGCGCAAAAAAAUGAAAACGAACGCCGCGCGACGAGGCGCGUCGAUUGAUAGUGCUGGCCAACUCCACGGUACAUUGCCAGCGCACCACGCGGCGGGCUUUUGGUUUAACUGUUUUAUCGCGCGUGUUGAAGGGUGAUGAAAGUGGCGCGUGAUGGUUUUAUAGGGUGCGGGAUAGGGGGCUAUUUCGCCCUGGCCCAUCGCGCCCGCGCGGGCCGCGGCGUAGGACUGUUGGGAGGGCACGUUCAGCGCCAGGUAGUAGGUCAGCGUGUGGCACGAGAGCACGCCGCAGUGGUAGAUGAGGCCGACGCGGUUCCGGCUGUAGACCUCCGUCGUGUCCAGGCCGCGGGACGUCGAAUACACGAAGACGUAGAUGAUGAGGAACGGCCCGUACGUGCAAAGCGCGGCGGGCGCGAGGACGUUGGCGACGUGCAGGAGUCGGAAGCGCGUCGCGCGGCGCACAUUGAGGUCGAAGAAAAAGAAGUGCACGACGGCCGCGUCGCUCCUCGGGGAGUCGCGCUGGCGGUCGCGGAGCAGGAGAUAUACCCGCGUCGCGACGAUGGCCCAGGCCCAGCCCCAGCACAAAUAGAAGAGGCCUUCCGCGUGCAUGACGAGCGUGUCGCACGCAGGCGGUCCGCUCCCGUCGCAGGACGCGCUCCCGGGCGCCGCGACGGCCAGCGCGCAGGCGACGCAGCCGCCGGCGAUCACGAGGCUGACGAGCGUCGUGAGGCCGCAGCAGACCAGCAUGGGCACGCGCGUCGAGUGCCACGCGAGCUCGGUGUCGCACCACAGGCACCAGGACACGCACGACGCGCACUGCGACGCGUAGGCCAGCAGCCAGACCGCGUAGAAAGAGCGCAGGCCGCAGAGGUCCGUGGAGGCGCGGUACCUGCGUGUUGGAGGUCUCCCGCGGAGACGGGAUGUUUUCGGCGCCGCCGCGAGGACGGAAAGGCGUGGUGCCCGAGGGCUCCGAACAAGUAGCCGCAUGCCAUGAAGGCCUGCGUCCGGACCGCCCACGGCGCGGCGCCGCGCUUUCGCAGGCUCGCGGCGAACACAAACAGGGACGCCAUGAGCGCGUAGUCCGUCACCCAUCCCGACGGCUCCGAGUCGACGCCGUGGCCCAUGGCUCCGCGCGCCGUCGGGCAGCGGUCGCGCCGACGCCUCUAGAUGAUGCCAGUCGCGGGUCGAGCGGUGGCGCUACCGCCGCGCAGCGUGCGCGCGCGAGGAUUUCUUCGAUUUGGCUGAGUGGCAGCGCGCAAAUUGCUCCAGAGCAGGCAAAAGGGCAGCCUUCCUGGUAUCCUGGGCCCCUGCCCAGCAAAAUCUAG